GAAAAAGAGAACAUGUUGGGCCUAAAUUGGUCUAGAAAGAGCACAAGCCCAGCUACUCUUCCAUGGCUUUCAUUUCAAAUCCCCUUUCUCUCUCUACUCCCGUCUCUAGUAAUCAAUUCCACUGCGACUGUUGUUGAAAGAGCAAAUCAAACCAACCCAUCGAAAACCAAAAUCCCCGCACGAGCUCCGGUUUCAAAUUCCCUCGGCAGAGCUCGCCGCCGGGCAUGGAUGCGGCGCGGGAGUCCAUGGCGGCGCUCCUCGACGCCGGCCUCUUCGGCCCCGCCCAAACGCUGGGGUGUUUCCUUGUGUCGUCAGCUGGUGCGGGCAACGAUGCUGGUAUGUCCAUGAAGGUGGAAAGCCUGGUCCAGCAUGGGGAUGCUUUGUAUGGAGAGAAAGAAUUCCGCAGGGCACUGAAUGCGUACAAGCAAGCUAUGCAAUAUAGUAGAAGUAUCCCUAGGCAAGCAACAAGUAACACCAGAAGUUCAGUAUCCGUCACAGGCCGGUCACCUUCUCCAAACUCUUCAAAUCUCUUAUCAUUCAAUGAAAAUGAGGUGAAGUUCAAGAUUGCUCUUUGCCAUUCUGCUCUAUGUGAGCACCGUGAAGCACUUCAUGAGAUGGAAGGUAUUCCUUCAAAAGUGAGAACACUGAAAAUGAAUAUGAUGUUAGGGAAGCUUUAUCGAAUAUCAAGAAAUAGCCGUACAGCUGUAGUCUGUUAUAAGGAGUGCUUGAGGCAAUGCCCUUAUGUUUUCGAAGCUAUCACAGCUUUGGCGGAAAUGGGGCUUUCAGCAAAGGAAUUUUCUUUAUUAUUUUCACAAGCACCAAAUAGAGGAGGCAAGCUAUCGGGUGACUUCGUAGACACACAACGUUGGUGGAGUCGGUAUGUUGAGGCGCAGUGUUGCAUUGCUUCACAUGAUUAUAAAGGUGGCCUUGACAUAUAUCUAGAACUAAUGCAACGAUUCCCCAAUAAUGUGCAUAUCUUGUUGGAAAUUGCUAAGGUUGAAGCCAUCAUAGGCAGGAAUGAUGAAGCGAUAAUGAACUUUGAGAAGGUCCGGCUGAUUGAUCCAAACAUUAUGACAUAUAUGGAUGAAUAUGCAAUUCUUCUAAAGUCAAAAUCUGACUACAUCAGACUGAAUAAGUUGGUACAUGAUAUGCUACAUAUUGACCCUGCAAGACCAGAGACAUGUGUUGCUCUUGCAGCAAUGUGGGAAAGAAAGGAUGAAAGAAAAGCUUUGACAUAUGCAGAAAAGAGCCUUCGAGUUGAUGACAGACAUAUAACUGGCUAUAUAAUGAAGGGCAAUCUGCAUCUUUCAUUGAAUCGACCAGAUUUGGCAGUGACAGACUUCAGGGGGGCUCAAGAAUUGAGGGCUGAUCUUCGUUCUUAUCAAGGAUUGGUGCGUGCUUAUCUAGCACUUUCUAAAUGCAAAGAUGCAUUAUUCACUGCACGCGAGGCGAUGAAGGUUAUGCAUCAGUCUGCAAAAGCUCUUAAGCUAGUUGGUGAUGUUCAUGCAAUUAGUUCCAGUGGGAGGGAGAAGGCAAGAAAGUUCUAUGAAUCAGCCAUUCGUCUUGAACCUGGAUUUCUUGGAGCUGCACUGGCUCUGGCUGAUCUGCAUGUUGCGGAAGGACGGAAUAAGGAGGCUGUUAUGCUACUGGAAAGAUAUAUACAACAAUGGUCAGAUGAUUCUCUACACAUAAAGGUGGCUCAAGUACAUGCGGCAACAAAUAUGCUUUCGGAUGCACUUUCCCAUUAUCAAUCUGCACUAAGGAACUCAAUUGUGUUUCAGAAUAAACCCACAAAAUGAAGCUGCAAAGAAUGGAUUGGAGCGCUUGGAGAAACAAAUGAAGGGAGUGGACCCAGAUGCUCCAGAAGACGAUGAAGAGAACGAGGAGGAGGACGUCGAUGUUGAUCGAGAUGACUUUAUUUGAAGCUGGCUCAUUACAGGUCUCUUAUACCUGUGGAAGCUGGCGCUGAUUGAUCACGACCAUCUUUGUAUAGCGGUGGUAGCAGUGGUUUUGUGCUAUUUGUGACUGAAUAGCAGGUGUUCUAGCAGAACCCCAGUUGUUUUAGCUUGUAAAAAUGCCGCCCGAAACGAAUUUUGCACGUGUUGUAUGCCAUUUCCUUUCAGUUCUUCUUUGUGUAUUCUUUUGCACCAAAUAUGGUUGACCCAACUCUUCUCUCCACUCAGAUCACAGUAUUUCCCUUA